AUGUCCGACUGGGACUUUCGGCAGGUUCUGCACUGCAACUCGACGAUGAAGGCGCUCAUCGAUGCGAACUGGCAACGACACAAGCUUGACAUGGCAUACGACGCUUUCAUAUCGAGCUAUUACUGCCGCGAGACUGGCAACGCGACUUUGACGAGGGAGGCGAACCGGAUCUGGGUCGCGUACAACAACUGGGGGUACUGGCCAAACAACGGAUGGGCGAUGUUCACGCUCGUCGCCUUCGGCCUGUCCGCCCUCCUGCACAUCUACCAAAUCCUCCGCUCCCGAUACUGGAGCUUCGUGAUGGUCGUGAUGGGCUGCGGAGGCGAGAUGUACGGCUGGUCGAUGCGGUGGAUUGGCGGACAGAACUUGUUGCGAGGGCUCACGUGGUGGUUGUUUGGCGUCGAGUUCUUCACCCUGCUCGUCCAAGUCGGCGGCGGAGCUACAGCAGCAGGCGCCGAGGACGCCUCGACUUUCAACGUCGGCAGCUGGAUCAUGCUCGGCGGCAUCGUCGCGCAGCUCGUCGUCACCCUCAUCUUCCUCGCCGUCUUUGGGGUCUACUUCUCCCGCCUGCGAUCCCGCCACAACGUCGACAUCCGCUACGCCGACUCGCACCUCAAGGUGGUCUUCUGGGGCAUCAUCGCUAUUUCGUCGCUCAUCGUCAUCCGCGGCGCGUACCGGACUGCGGAGCUGAGCGAAGGCAUGUUCGGACCGAUCGCGCACUCUCAGGCCGGCCUCAUCCUCGGAGACUGCAUCCCCAUGCUCGCCGUCACCUACAUCUUCAACGUCGUCCACCCUCUCUACACACUCCAGAAGCGCACCGACCACGUCUUCAACCUAGAAGACAACGAGGAGAUCAAGCUUGGGCAAGUGUAG